AUGGAUGAAUUACUGUGGACUCUACAUUUUAAGGAUAUUUUGUUGAUAUAUCAGGGAGCUAAACAGAAUUUUCAUUAUAUAUUUGAAUUGUGUUGGAUUCAUGGUUUCAUUUCGGUUUUGUUAUGGUCGGAUAAACAAUUAUAUACCUAUCAUCCCUAUCCUGAGAUUAAGGUUGUACAACUAAACAAUGUGACCGAGUUUCAAAACAAAACUCAUUUGCAUAAUUUCCAAGGUUACGAAAUGGUUGUACCCGAUAUAACGUUUCCACCGGUCUGCUUCAGCUACCAUAAUAAGCAGGGUAAAUUGUUGCGUGUGGGCUACUUUUACAAGUGGAUAGAAAUAUUUCUUAGGUAUCAUAAUGCCACGAUAAGACAUGAGUUCUAUGACAUGUGGCAGUCUAAAGCUAGUUUGGCUAUUGUCAACAAGUUUCUGGAGAAAAGUAAAUUCAGUUUUGUGCCAGCGGAGCUGCCCAGAAGUAAUGAUUAUGCCUCGAGCCUUACAUUGAUAGUUACCAAGAUUCAAUUGAUAGUGCCCAGCAGUAAUGAAAUUGCUAACAAUUUGUAUCUCCUCAAACCUUUUAACAUGCAUCUGUGGUUGUACAUCAUUCUAUGUGGUUUGCUGUUCCUGAUGCUAAUCGUUUCAAUUAAUGUAUUGUUUGAUAAGCAAUUUAAUGUGGCUCAAGCCUUGUUGCAAACCAUCAAAAUCAUACUCUUUCUCGCGGUAUCUUUAAAAACGCAACGCUCUCUAUUAAGUUAUUACUUAUGUUUAUUAAUUCUAUUCACUGGCUUGUUUCUAACCAAUUUCUAUAGCAGCAGUCUCUCCAGUUUGCUUACUUCCAAGGUAUAUGAACCCGAAUUACAGCAGCUAGAGGACAUCAAGCGUAAUAAUUUAUUAGUUUUUGAACAUACAGCAGAUGGCCACACUACUCAGAAACUGAAUAUACCAAAAUAUCUAAAGCAGCGCUUUUACAGCGGCAACAAUUCCGAGUUUAAAAUUAAACGUCAAUCACUGGACAUGUCUUACAUGUAUAUGGGUCAAGAGGAUUUAGUCGAUUUUAUUUUGUCGCAACAACAGUUCAUGAAGAAACCAAAAGCUAUAAAACUUAAAGAACCCUUAAAAUACAAACAAUUUUUUAUCACUCUGCCUCAUCGUUCGCCUGUUAUAGAUCAAUUUAAUCGAUAUUUGUUAUACAUGAGCGAGAAUGGCAUUUUAAAGAAAAUCAUGCGAGACACUAACUGGCAUGGUGUUUUAAGUGGCAAUUUGAAAAUACUUAUGGAUGAUGAAGUUGAAAAAUCACUAACAAUUAAACAUUUCCAAUAUGCUUUUCUAAUGUGGAUUUGUGGUUUGAUGUGUGCUAUUAUGUGA